AUGGAGGAAGCUAUUGAAACGAGUGUCUGUGUUGUUGCUGCGGUGCCUGACGUUGGUUCUUGGUUUGCGACGAGCGUGCGUGGGAGUGUAGAAGGGUUUAAUUUCGGUGAAUUGCAUAGUGCUGUGCAAGAAGAUUCUCCAGGUAGUUCAAUUACAGUUUCUUCUCCCCCGAGCUCUCCUUCGAGGUUUUCCGCCGAAAUCGGACCCAGCAACUCCCCCCAUCGCAAGAAACGUAAGCACCGAGCAUCCAAGAAGAAGAAGAAACCUCUUGAUCCCGUUGAUUCCGUCGAUGAUUCAUGCGAUCCAUAUCAGAAGAAUGAAUUGCCGAUUGUAAAUGGACGAGCAUGGCAAGAAGAUUCUCCAGGUAGUUCAAUUACAGUUUCUUCUCCAGAUGCAUCAAACAUUGGACUUGAAGAAAAGAGAUAUCUCUUUUCGGCAGAAGGACUUCAAAAAUGCAAUCGAUUGCUACAUCCAGGCAACAAAACUGUCCACCUUGCUGCUCUUAUGAAGAGAAAGGGUAGGAUUAUAGCAUGUGAGCUGAAAAAGGAAAAGAUUAAACGCUUGAAUGGCACCAUAAAGCUAUCUGGGGUUUCCAAUAUCCAAUAUUGUGUCUAUAAUAAUCAAGAAGCUUUUCAACCAAUAGUUAAUUCAGACCCUUCAUAUUCUAAGUUAAAAGCUAUUCUUUUAGAUCCUUCCUACUCAGACUCUGCUCUUCAGCAUGCCUUCUUUGUGAUUCCAGCUUUGGAAAGAAUUGUAUACAGUACAUGUUCAAUAAACCAAAUUGAGAAUGAAGAUGUUGUGAAAUUUGUUCUGUCUAUAGCCGAGUCAUAUGGAUUCCAACUGGCAAAGCCAUUCCCCGAAUGGCAUGUCUUGGUCUUCCAGUCUUUGAAGGCGUUGAAAAUCUGGUUCGAACAGAUCCUGCCAAGCACGGAGAGGGUUUCUUCUCACACAACUUCAUAUUUCAUUUGUUGCAUACAACUCCCAUUAUCUGGGAGAGUUUAUGCAACCGGAUUGGGAAAUGUUCCAUGUGAGUAA